AUGAUUGAAUCUCAGAGGCAUUCUUAUCAUUUGGUAGAUCCAAGUCCAUGGCCUAUUUCGGGUUCCCUCGGAGCUUUGGCAACCACCGUAGGAGGUGUGAUGUACAUGCACCCAUUUCAAGGGGGUGCAACACUUCUCAGUUUGGGCCUCAUAUUUCUCCUAUAUACUAUGUUCGUAUGGUGGCGCGAUGUUCUACGUGAAUCCACGUUGGAAGGACAUCAUACCAAAGUCGUACAAUUAGGACCUCGAUAUGGUUUUAUUCUGUUUAUCGUAUCGGAGGUUAUGUUCCUUUUUGCUCUUUUUUGGGCUUCUUCUCAUUCCUCUUUGGCACCUACGGUAGAGAUCGGAGGUAUUUGGCCCCCAAAGGGGAUUGGGGUUUUAGAUCCUCGGGAAAUCCCUUUUCUUAAUACCCUUAUUCUCCCUUCAUCCGGAGCUGCCGUAACUUGGGCUCAUCAUGCUAUACUCGCGGGGAAGGAAAAGCGAGCUGUUUACGCUUUAGUAGCUACCGUUUCACUGGCUCUAGUAUUCACGGGCUUUCAAGGAAUGGAAUAUUAUCAAGCACCCUCCACUAUUUCGGAUAGUAUUUAUGGUUCUACCUUUUUCUUAGCAACGGGCUUUCAUGGGUUUCAUGUGAUUAUAGGUACUCUUUUCUUGAUCGUAUGUGGUAUUCGCCAAUAUCUUGGUCAUCUGACCAAGGAGCAUCACGUUGGCUUUGAAGCAGCUGCAUGGUACUGGCAUUUUGUAGACGUGGUUCGGCUAUUCCCAUUUGUCUCUAUCUAUUGGUGGGGAGGUAUAUGAAGAAACGGAAACAAUAGAUUAAAGGAAGCUCGAAGACAAAGAGAAGAGAGAGGGCUUUUACAAAGAAUUACUGCAGCUUUCCCGCUCCCCUUUUAUAGUAGCUUCCAAGAAAUGAGAUAUCGCCGCAAAUUCAUUGGUUUUUGCUAUAACGGACUUAAAAAAGGUCUUCCGGGUUGUCCUGAAAAUCCGGUGCCGAAACAAUUUUGGUCGAGACUGCGAUAGUAAAAAAAAAGUGUUUUGGUUCUCUUUUAAUCGUAAUCAAAGAUGUUUUCUUGUCUCUCCUUUCUUUUCUGAACAAAUCGAAGAACCUAAUGGAUCGAACUCCUCCCUGUAAACUACUUAUUUAGAAUGAAGGGUGCCUAAUGGUAGACCUAGAUAUAAAAGUAAUGAAGUAGUAGAGAAAAAGCAUUCGAUCAAUCAAAGUCUGCUUACGAGAUGAAGCAUUCCAGUUGUUAUUUUAUUCCCGAGUUAGAGCUUGUUGUUGCUUUUUUAUUCGUUUUCUCUUUUCUUCAAUGAACGGAAGACCUUUCUUCGUAUGGUACCUAUGACCGAGCUAUUCCUGCUCUUUCUUUGCUGAAGAAAGAAAGCUAACGAUUGGAAGCCGUAAGCGCGGACACGCUACCUGUGUGGUUAAGCAUAUAGCUAGCGUUCCUUCUGAGCCACUUUUGCGAGAAAUUGUGGGCACGAGGAAACUCCUUACCUCCGCCAGCGACUUGGGGGUUGACCAUUCCCGGACAGACUUCGUCUUCUCAGGACCUAUCUUGACUCCGGAUGAGCCGAUGAUGUGCCCCAAGUAUACCAGCUCCCUCCUCCCUUUUUGCUCAUAAGUAAGCUCUUCUCCGUAUGGGCUUUCAGCUAGUGCUCACGCAGAGCUUCUAGAACAGCCUCUACGUGUUUCAGAUGCUCCUCCCAGGUCUUGCUAUAAACCAGAUGUCGUCGUCGUAGACCGUGACGAAUUCAUCCAAUCUAAAUAAGGCCUAAGAACAUCGUUCAUCAGCCGCAUAAAGGUUGCAGGUGCGUUGGCCUUACCGUAAUAGGGCCGAAUGGCAUGACGACCCAUUCAUAUAACUCUUGCCUUGUCUUUAACGCGGUCUUCCAACGCCUUCCACCACUUGCACUUGGUGGUAUCCCGACUUUAAGUCUAUCUUGGUGAAGUAACGGGCUCCCUUAACUAGUCAAAUGGGAAUCAGACAUCUAUCCUUGGCAAAGGAUAGCGAUUCUUUACUGUGAUCUUGUUAAGGGCGCGAGAAUCCUAAUCCACGCACAUGCGCCACGAGCCUUCUUCGGCACCAAGACCUUUAGAGAGAGGGGCGAGGCACAAGAGGAUGUACUGGGCCAACCAUGACCCUUUUCGAGCAGCUCUUUGCCGCCUAAUCUCCUCAUUGGCCAAUGUCGACGUCCUGUAACACCGUUGUUGGGUAAGACUGCUCCCUGUGUGAGUUCAAUCGAGUGUGCUCCAAGCUGAUACAGGCUUUAAAUAAAAAAAGAAGCUACAGCUAAAUGAAACCAAAGCUUGAAAGCUCAAUUCCUAGCUGCUAGAGCUAAAUCAAAGGCUACUACCUUAGCUGUUCUAGUAGCUCCUUUGAUUUGGCGUAGGGAGGGUGGAAGCUCUAUAGGACAAUAGCUUUGGGCUAUUUGGAAGCUAUGCUAUAUAGGAAGAGAUAGCAGCGGCUGGCUACUAGCUUUGCUUUUGCUAUUAGCUCGUGCUAGUACUUUAGGAGAGGAGCAACUAUCUUGCUUAGGGAGGUAUUUAAUAUCAAAGAAUUGCGGAUCCUAGAUAGCUUAGUAGCUUAGGAGCGGAGCAAUUCAAUAACUUUAGGAGCCCUAAAAAAAAUGAGCAUAGCUCUUGCUAGUAGUCAGCUUUAGGAGCCAUUUUCAAGCUGUAGAAUAGCAAAAUAGCCUUGCUUUAGUAGCUGUACAACCAAGCAGGCAAAGCUAGUAAGGCCCGCGCAAUUACCUUGCAGAACUCUCCUUGCUGCUAGAGCGAGCGCAAGAAAUGACUUGCGCGAGCAAGUAUGAUAUAAAUUGCACUCGCUCAAGCUAAAAGAGUUUUAGAGCAACAUUUGCGAAGGAUUAAUAAAUGGACUGCUUUAUUGUACCGGUAAGCCCUGCUUAUCAAUGCAAUAGUUUCGGAGCAAGCUAUGUGGUUCUACACCAAAUAAAUGGCUCCUAAAGCGAAGCAGCUACUAGAAAGAAAGUAGUCGCCGCUAAGCAAAGCUAUUCUAUUUUUGUUGAAGGCUCCUAAAGCUAUGGAACCUAAGCUCAUAGUAAGAGCCGCAGCAAGCUAGUAGCCGCUCGCUAUGUUAUUCGAUGUUAAGGCAAGCUAUUGUGAAUUGUUCCUAACCAAAGAAAGGAGAGAUAUAGAUUACGUUCAUCUCAUAAGUUCCUUUUCACUCCUAAAUGAAAGCAAAACUAAACGAUAAAUUCAGAACUCCUAGCGCAAAAGAGUAGCCGCUGCGAUGCCUAUGCUAUUUGAUUUCCUAUAUAGCUUGGGGCCACGCGCAAGCUCCUAUCGCAAAGUAAGUAGCCUUCUUUUUGUUUCUAUAGCUUCAAAGCCGCCCCCUACCCUAUGAUAAAUAAAAGGAACUCCAGGGUUUACGGGUACUCAAUUUCGGCUUAUAGAGCUUAUUUUUCGCCCUAUGCUAAAGCAAAGCCCUAUCCCGCCUAUGCGCCUAUGCCUCAAGUAAAUAAAUAAGCUAAUAGCAACCGCGCGUUGUAGCAGCAAAGAGGAAGGAAUUUUCUGCUGCUAAAAGAAGAUAAGGAGGUUUCCAAUACCAAAGGAGUGAACUUCACUAGAAAGGCUAAAGGCUAUAGAAGUACAUCACCAGUUUCUAAAAAAUGAAAGAAAUGAAAAAGGUGAAUCAUAGUAUAUAUAACGCCCGGUUACUCCCAUCUCCUCUUACUUACGCAUUUCCAAUCAAAUCAUGAUCCCAUCUCGAUCAAUUUCGCAUUGAUCAAGGCGGGCAUUUCCAUCCAUUUCUAUAGAGUAAGGGGGCAGCUCGCGGAGCUUUCUCUCCUAGUUAAAAGGAGAAAGGGCUUUUUCUAGAGCGGGAGGUGAGUAAGGGGGGGUUGUUGGCUAGCUCGUGCAAUCAACGAAAAAAAACUUCGCGUUAGUAAGCUAGCUUUGUAAGCCAAGCAAGCCUGGUUCUCCGGGCACUACGGUAGGACGUGGAUCGAUCAUGACGAGAAUGGACUUCUUCGUAAUAUAAUAGAAGAGUCACAGUCCAGUUCCCCGGGCUUCUCCCUUCUCGACCAGACGAGGGAGAUAUUCAUUCCAUUCAGGCGGGUAAGGGCUUGUGUGUUCCCCCCUGGUCGGGUCGCAGGCGAAAACUUGCAAAGUUCAUCAUUCAGCGGUGGGGUGUUCAUAGAAAAGAAGGCGUCGCCCAACGAAUGGCAGAUUUGGGUGGGGAGUCUCGCUCUAUAGAUAGAGGAAGAGUACGCGCGCUAGCGCGCUACGGCUUACGCAGUUGAUCGGAUCAGAUAGCCCUUCGGGCAACCAACCAAACCCGGCGCAUAAAAUUCCAUUCCGAUCAACAACUUGGAGGUAUGGCUGAGUGGCUUAAGGCAUUGGUUUGCUAAAUCGACAUACAAGAAGAUUGUAUCAUGGGUUCGAAUCCCAUUUCCUCCGGCACGGAAGUGAAACGGGCGGGCGAAAUUACGUGAGAGAAAGAACCUCUUGGUGGAGUCCAGUCCCUGGACGGCUCUCGGUUAUUGAGCAUGGUUGGGGGAUUAGGCGGCAAAGAGCUGCUCGAAAGCUUGACGAACAAGCGAAAAAGCCUAUCAAUUCUUUUAUUUUUAGUUUAGGGUUUUUCCCUUACUAGUCAAGUGGUAAGGUAGGGCGCUAUUCGAUGAAGAAAACAUACUUUAGUCAAGUGGUAAGGUAGUUUAGCUGGUUAGAGCAAAGGACUGAAAAUAUCCUUGAAGAAAACAUACUUUAGGAAGGUGGUUCAGGUAGCUCAGCUGGUUAGAGCAAAGGACUGAAAAUCCUUGUGUCAGUGGUUCGAAUCCACUUCUAAGCGGGCGAAGGGUCCAAAGGCCGGGAGCGAGCCGGAUUUGAAAAUGAAAGUUAAAGAGUAAGCCAAAAAAUGUGAGCGCUCCUGCACUAUAGGCUUUUUUUUGGCGUCGCCCUAUCUUGCUGGAGGCAGAUAAAAAGCGGUUGAUUACUCAGAUUGGUUCUCGCGUCCCCGUGCCCAAAAGGAUGG